AUGGCAGCUCGUGAUCUAUCGGGCCUAGAAUUCAAAGGGGAAUUGCCAUCAUCGAGCGGGAGCACGAAACUCGUCGCCGUGAAGAGAUUGGACAGGCUGGGGAAGAGGAUCGACGACGACAGCGAGAAAGAGUUCACUAAUGAGGUGAGAUCGAUCGGGCAGAUGCACCACAAGAACUUGGUGAAGCUGAUCGGCUACUGCCACGAGGAAUCGCAGCGGCUGCUGGUGUACGAGUACAUGAGCAGAGGGUCGUUGCAGGAGUUCCUCUUCGGCGGCGAGCGGCCGCCGUGGGAGCAGAGGGCUUCGAUCGCGAUGGGAAUCGCGAGGGGGCUCAUGUACCUCCACGAGGAGUGCAGCGUCCCGAUCAUCCACUGCGACAUCAAGCCAAAGAACGUUCUCCUCGACGACAACCUCGUCGCGAGGAUCGCCGACUUCGGACUCGCGAAGCUGCUCCGGACGGACCAGACGCGGACCAACACCGGGAUAAGGGGAACGAAGGGGUACGUGGCGCCGGAGUGGUUCAAGAGCAUGGCGAUCACGAAGAAAGUGGAUGUGUACAGCUUCGGCGUGAUGUUGCUGGAGAUCGUUAGCUGCCGGAGGAAUCUUGAGACGGAGACGGAGACGGAGGAGGUGGCGGAGGACGCGGUGCUGGUGUAUUGGGCCUACGAUUGCUACAGGGUAGGGAGGUUGGAUCUGCUGCUGAGGGACGGGGAGGAUGAUAGGGAGCGGAUGGAGAGGUUCGUGACGGUGGCCAUCUGGUGCAUACAGGAGGAUCCAGGGUUAAGGCCGUCGAUAUCGGCGGUGGUGCGGAUGCUGGAGGGAGGAGUCCCGGUGGCGGUGCCGCCGGAUCCUUCCACAGACAUUCAGUCCCUGCGGCAGUAAAUAAUUACUUUGGAAUUUGGAUUAGAGUAGUAAUUUCGAACCGCAAAUGCUUAAUUAUGCAAGAACAAUAUCGUAGUUAUCAUGACUCAUGAGCAUUAUGUACAUUUAUCAUUGUGUACUUCUACUGUUGUAAU